AUGGAAUGGUUCCGCCUGUCGGAAAAACCCAGCAUUUCAUCGAGCACUUACUGUGCAGUUUUGCAGCUCUGUGGCGAGCUCAAGUCUCUGCAAGAUGGCAAAGAAGUUCAUUCGGUCAUUUCCUGUAACGACGUUCAGAUUAAUGGCAUUUUAGGGACGAGGCUUGUAUUUAUGUACGUAAGCUGCGGGGAACUAAGCCAAGGGAGAUUGGUUUUUGACCAGGUUGUAAAUGAGAAGGUCUUCCUUUGGAAUCUAAUGAUUAACGAGUACGCCAAAGUCGAAGACUUUGCAGAAUGUGUAUAUCUAUUUCAGAAGAUGUUGAAUGCAGGGAUUGCAGCGGACUCCUACACUUUCUCAUGCAUAUUGAAAUGCUUUGCCGCUUCAGGGAGUGUGAAGAACGGCGAGUGGCUUCAUGGGUAUUUGCUGAAAUUGGAUCUCGCUGCUUGCAGUUGCAGCGUUGUUAAUUCUUUGUUAUCAUUUUACGCGAAGGUAGGGAGGGUGGAGAGUGCACGGAAGCUGUUCGACGAAUUGCCUCAAAGAGAUGUCGUUUCUUGGAACUCCAUGAUCAGUGGGUACGUGGCUAAUGGCGGUUCAGAGGAAGCCAGUAGAGUCUUUGAGAAGACUUCCGAACGAAGCGUGGUAUCUUGGACUUCCAUGAUCCAAGCCUAUUCUCGAUCAGGUCUUCUUCAUGACGCCAUCAGAUUGUUCCAUGAAAUGACGAGUUCGGGUACUAAACCGGAUAUUUUCACGCUCUCUGCUGUUCUUCAUGCUUGUGCUUCUUCAGGCUCAUUGGAAUCCGGCAAAAGUGUCCAUAAUUACAUCACGGGGCAAGGGCUAGAAUCGAACUUAUUUGUCUGCAACGCCCUGAUGGACAUGUAUGCGAAAUGUGGAAGCAUGGAAGACGCGAGCUUGGUCUUCUCCCAGAUGCCGGUAAAGGACAUCAUCUCAUGGAACACAAUCAUAGGAGGGUACACAAAAAAUGAUCUGCCAAAUGAAGCGGUUCAUCACUUUGCCACAAUGGUAAGCGGAAAAUGGGAACCAGAUGGUAGGACUAUAUCGUGCAUUCUCCCAGCUUGCGCCAGCUUAUCGGCUCUAAACAUGGGAAGACAGAUCCACUGUCACGUACUAAGAAAUGGGCAUCACCUCUCUGAUGAUCGACACAUCACCAAUGCACUUGUCGACAUGUACAUUAAGUGCGGUGCACUUGUUCUUGCAAGGUCACUAUUUGAUACGAUGAUUCCUUCUAAAGAUCUCGUCUCAUGGACCGUGAUGAUCGCUGGUUAUGGAAUGCAUGGAUUUGGAAAGGAAGCGAUCAGAGCAUUUGAAGAAAUGAGGCGAGACGGAAUUAAACCGGAUGGAGUCUCAUUCAUAUCGGUUUUGUAUGCUUGCAGCCAUUCCGGGUUAGUCAAUGAAGGGUGGAGAUUCUUCAACAUCAUGCAGAAGGAAUGCAAGAUAGAGCCGAGUUUAGAGCAUUAUGCCUGCAUGGUGGAUCUUCUAUCCCGCAGUGGGAAGCUACAGAUGGCCUAUGAGUUCAUCAAGGGGAUGCCAAUAAAACCGGAUGCCACAAUCUGGGGAGCUUUGCUUUGUGGAUGUAGGAUUCACCAUGACGUGAAAUUAGCCGAGAGAGUUGCAGAACAUGUAUUUGAAUUAGAACCAGAGAAUGCAAGAUACUAUGUUCUGUUAGCAAAUAUAUACGCAGAGGCAGAGAAAUGGGAGGAAGUGAAGGAGCUGAGAGUGAAAAUUGGUCGACGGGGUUUAAAGAAGCAUCCAGGUUGUAGCUGGAUAGAGGUUAAGGGGAAAGUUCAUGUGUUUGUUGCUAAAGAUGGUUCACACCCGGAAGUCAGAAAGAUUGAGGCUCUGUUGAGGAAGGUAAGGGAAGGAAUGAAGAAAGAAGGUUUCUCUCCUAAGCUUAGAUACGCCUUGAUGAAUGGAGAUGAUCUAGAGAAGGAAAUGGCUCUGUGUGGGCACAGUGAGAAGUUAGCCAUGGGGUUUGGGAUCCUGAACUUGCCACCUGGGAAGACGGUAAGAGUAAUGAAGAACUUGAGAGUUUGCAGGGAUUGUCACGAGAUGGCUAAGUUCAUGUCCAAGACUACCGGGAGGGAGAUUAUCUUACGAGAUUCCAAUUUUUUCCACCAUUUCAAGGAUGGAUCUUGUUCCUGCAGAGGUUUCUGGUAG